AAGAUAGAGCAGUGAGUGUCAGCUCCAAGCCUGGGGUUUAUUGGUCAGAAAAAGUCUUUGGAGCUGUCUCAGAGAUAGGUGAAGGGUGACCAAGCAGGAAAGAAGUAGAAAGGACCCCAAAAGAAGGAGAAGUAGGUGGCUAGAGAGUCUAAUAUGUGACUGGAGAUCAGGGAGAGAGUAGAAUAAAGCCAACAGCAGCCAAGAGAUACAGGGGAAGAGUCAGACAGACCAUAGGCCUGAGAUCUGUGAAAGAAAACAGGGGCCUGGCAGUGACCCAGCAUCACCCUUCCUGAAGACCUACAGACACACAGGUGCCCGGGAAGUCUCAUUCUGGAGACUGGAAGCUGAACUGAGCAAGUCCAGAGGGUAUCUGAGAAGACUCCUCAAGCCACAGGGGGACUCAGGGUUCACUUGGCCACCAAGGGCACAUAGGUGGCUCCCCAGCCUCUCAGGGACUGUCUGGGGCCAGCAGAACAAGACACAAGUUAGAGAGAAGACAAAGGUGGACACUGGCUCCAAACCAAUUCUGCUUGUUUUCUUUUUGUUAUGUUACCCUUGAUCUCCAGGAUCCUUGCCUACGCUGGUGACUAGGAAAGCCAUCACCUCCAGGAAGACCCUCUCUGGAAAACUGAACCUCUGUCUGGUGACAACUAUAAACCUGUGGACACAGGACAAACACCUGCCAGCUCUUCCGCUGGAAGCUACCUCCUGAUCUUGGAGGUGUACGAGGUCCAUGGAAGUCCCUGUGUCCAAGAAAUUGUGCUUGAAUCACCCCGCAUCAGGAUCCCUGAUCACCACCUCUGUGUGCCCUCUGGGUCCCCAGAAACUCCAGGAAGAAAGUACACCACCCUCUGCUGGCAUCACCCUGGGCACACACAGAGUGUUCCUCCCAGCAGGCUUCAGGGCAGGCCACAGCAGGCACUACGAUCCACAGAGAUAUGGAGAAGGAGAGUUCAGGGUACAGUGAGGCCCCAGAGAAGCUGGGCCUGUCCUUCUCCAUUGACGCUAUCCUGAAGAGGCCCACAGAGAGAAGAAAUAUGCCAAGACCACAAAGCAUAGGUAGAGAGGACGCUAGGCAGACAGCAAUCCCAGGUUCCAAGCUAGAGAGGCUCCCACAGGAUCAGCCCCAAGAAGAAAAAAAGAACAAGCGGAGAGUUCGCACUACCUUCACCACAGAGCAGCUACUGGAACUGGAGAAACUCUUCCACUUCACCCACUACCCUGACAUCCAUGUCCGGACCCAGCUGGCUUCCAGGAUCAACCUGCCCGAAGCUCGAGUACAGAUCUGGUUCCAGAAUCAGAGAGCCAAGUGGAGGAAGCAGGAGAAGACUGGAAGCCUCAGUGCAUCACAGCAGCCUGGUGAAGCCAGCUUGACCCUGCCUUCAAACAUGGACAUGGCUGGUCCUGUGCUGACACCCAAUGCUCUGCCCAUGUUGGUGCCUCCCUCAGGGUGCUACCCACUCUCUCAGACUCAGCUCACUUCAGGCUGGUUCCCUGCCCAGAUCACCCUUUUUCCAUGGCAUCCAUGGGAUCCGCAGCCCUUGCCUGGCUCUCUCACCCAUCAGCCUUGUGUCCCUUCCCUUGCCCUGCCACCUCCCCACCCCAAGUGGGGCAGCAUCUGUGCCACUUCAACAUAGGGACUGGUUGCUCUCUUCCCAAGCAAGCUGCUCUCCUCUCCCAGUGAUGGCAGGCAGCCUUGGCCCUCAGAGAAAAUCACUCCACGAUCCAUCAAUGGCUCACAGCCCAGAAAGCUACCCAGAACUUUGCCACUGAAGACGGCACUGGUGUGACAGGAAAAGACAACACACAUCUCACCAGCCAAAGUCCUUCUCCCAGUGCAGAAGCCUGGCUGCCUGAGGGCUGGGGAGGAACUCCAGAAUAAUCUGCUUUCCAUUCACCCCUGUGCUUCUUCUAACAGCUGUGCCACCUCCAGCUGGUCACUCAUACCCUCUGGACCUCAUCUGUAACACAGCAGCCAGACAGAUUAUUUCUAAGUACCCUCUUCUCCCUUACUUUGGGGAGAUGAACCCUGGAAAACACAAGGCAUGGGGAAGCCCAGGAGGGGCUGCACAUCCAUGCACUCAUUCAUGACAUCUGUACUGACCACUGAACAUUGUGGACCACUUGGAAAUAGAUGUGGAGCUGAACAGAUAGGCUUCUGCCCAGGUCAGUUGAAAGGUGAUGCUGACCUCUGCCCGCAAACAGAUGUCGGUGACCUUGGCUCAUGUCUAGCACAUUACCAAUGACUUUGGUAUGAAUAAUCUCAGAAUGGAAGAAAAAUAGAAGAAAUGUUUUUAAUUUAAAACAGAAUUUAGUGUCUUUGUCGUUUGCUGGUCUGGG